AUGAUUCAGAAAGUUUCGCCGUUCGAUCUAUUUGCGAACAGCGACAGUCAGAGUGAUGAAGGUAUAGAGGGGUUGUUAUCUGAAUAUCAACACCAUUUAGAGAAAGCACAUAAGCAGAGAAAGAAUUAUUUAGAAAAAUCAAACACGAAAAACAAAGUGCCUCCGCUGCCGCGACAUGAUCAAUUUUCGAAAGCGAAAACGAAUGUCGACAAACACGACGACUUUGUUUUGACUAACAGCUUUUAUAAUCCAACUGCUUAUAAAUUAACUCCAUCAUUCAAUAACCCAUUAGAUGUCUUUAUUCCUAUUAAUUCAAAGGGAAAAUAUAUGAAUAAACAAGAAUCGACAAUAGAUUCAAAAGGUAACCGUGAAGAAUAUCUACCAUUCGAAAACAUUGUGUUCAACGAAAAGAAAAUAAUAGAUUUGCCACCUAUUUUACAUAAAUCAUCUUUGGAUCCAAUUAAAUCGUCGUGUUACUGUAAAAGUGGGCACAUUCCUUGUGACUGUGGUUGCAAACAAUGUGUAGUUCGUAUGGAUACUACCUUUAAGGAUACCUUGGAGCAAUUGAAAAUGCACUCAUCUGAUGAUAAGAAAAAAUCUAUAUUGCAACACUUAUCACCAUUCGAAAAUACUUUUAAAAAAUCGGAUUACAUCAAUGACGAAAACAUGAAAGAUAUGUUAACAGACAAUGCCCUUAAUAUUCGUAUAAAAAUUGAUCUACAAUUACCAAAACCUCAAGAGAUCUUGUCAAGAUUCUCUAAAAUUCACAAUCAUGAUAGAAUGUUUGAUUUUGAUGAUGCUGUAUCUAAUGAACUAAACAGUGGCGUACAUUUGCCAUUUCCCUAUUUCAAUUUCCCUGUUCCUAUGGAACUUUUAGGUUACAAAAGAGCGACAAAAUACAGUAAAGAUGAGUCUAGUUCCCCAGUACAUAAAAUAACAAUUCAUAAAAAGAAAAAGUCCAGGGCAAACAAUAACAAUAAGAAACAUCGCAAGAAAGUUAUAACUUUCCACAACAUUAAGGUAGAACAGCAACCAUUGUUCCCCAACCACUUUAAUGAAACAAACAGUGACACGCUUAAGAAUGACUACAACACCAACACAACCAACGAUACUAAUGUACCAUCUUCAAAUGUAUUACAAUUAGAAAUUAAUUCUAUGAUCAAUAAAACUGAUGAUAUCUUAAACGAAACUCAGACAGAAGAAAGUAUUUAUUGGAUGGUUAAUAUUACAAAUAAUAAUUCUUAUAAUGGAACAGAAGACGGUCAUAAAAUCGAAAAUAGUAUCGAAACUGAUUUCCCAAAAAAAAUCACUAAUACUACUUCAAAACUGCCAUCUUCAUCAACACGUAAAAAACGCGACAUCUCAAUAGUUCCGCAACCAACGAAAGACAAUAUAAGUAAAGAUAAAAGCAACGGGAAGAAAGCAGACAAAAAUAUUUUAAGCGAUGCAGAAUUGUUAUAUUGGCCUUCUGUAACUCGUAGCAAGGAAACUAUCGAAUCAAAAAGUAUUACAACUCUGAUAUUGGAAAACGAACACAAGAAGUCAAAGAUAAAUAUGAGUAAAGACAUAAUUCAUGCAAACCACACCAGAGUUCUGGAACAGGCAAUAUUUGGUAAUGUGGACUGGGACGACGUCGAAGCUGUUGCUCCAGCUUUUAUGUCCUUUGUGGGAAAGUAUAUUCGAGGAGUAUUAACAUUUUGUUCCCACAAAGUUUGCCAUUCUAUGAAGUGCGCGAAUAAAACGUGUCUGCAUAGAGUUUGCAGGCCGUCAGAUAGAUUGAAUAACCGAGGACAUUGUGCCGGGACUAACAGUACAGAUAGCCUAGCAUCGAUGGAAUCAAUCAUGGAUUUACCUUCAAAUAUAGCAUUUGAAAUUGUUGAUAUUCUGCAAAACAAAAUGCUAGGAAAAAUAUUUGGGAAAGCAACAUUUUGUAUUAACGCCAAAUGUAUCACUCUAGCCGCAUCUAAAAAGAAUUUUGUGAAAUCUCGAUGUUCCAUCAAGGAGUUAAACGCAGCUGGCCAUUGUUCGAAUGCUAAGACCGUAAAAAUUAUGACAUCCGUACUAGCUGUCGCUAUGCUCGUUUCUAAGAUCUUCACCGUGCUAUUUAUCUUAUGUUCAGUGCAGUGUUGCAUAUGCAAACCAACCAUACAAAAUGAAUUAACCGAGGGCCGCAGUAUCAUGACAUCUAUAUGGGGUUGGAUUACAUAUCCGUUUUACUGGUGGAGCUCUGGCGAAGUCGACCAGCCGGUAACAGAAAAGCUUCUAGGAUCGACGACAUUGGAUCCCAAUGGAGUUGUAGACAUCAGGAGUCACAACGUGACUAUUUGGUGUAACGAUCAAACUUGUACAACAAUGAAGUGCGAUCAGUGGCAAUGUAAAAACAUUACUUGCAACAUUUAUGACACAGAUUUUAGAGGAGAAUGUAGAGAGUAUAAUAUUAUAACUGAGUCUGAACCUUCUGUGACGAAGACACCAGAGACUACAACGAAAGUUGAUGUACCGGAUAAAACAACAACAGAAAAGCUUGAAAUACGAGAACCUGCUGGCGUUAUUGAAGCUACUGUGGAAAAUGAAACUGAAAAAGUUAUAACAACAGUAGAGCAGCCUCUAGAACUAGAAGCGGUAAUGUCGUCUACCAUAGACCAAGCAGACCAAGAUAAUAUUUCUAAAGAAAAAGUUCAACCAGCGAGUGAUUCAAGACAGAAUGUAACACCACAGAAUUAA